AUGGAUAAAAAAAUUUUGGAAUAUACAGCUACAGGAGAGAGGAGUCCGGGACCGGCAGCUUAUUGCGUGAAGCCAACGUUCGGAAAGGGAGCGACGGACCCGUCUAUCAAAAAGAAUCCCGCGUAUUCGAUGUUGGGAAGGACACAAAAAAACGUGAGUACAAAUUUUAUCAAAUUUGAGUACACGAAUAUACCAGGUGAUUCAUUUAAGUGGGUACCCUCAUAUCACGGAAAGAAUUAACUUUUUUUUUGAAGUUUGAAAAAAAUCACCACUGACCUAACCUAACCCGAUUCGAGAACCAGCUAUAGUACAAUAAUCACAUGAACUGUUUUCAGAUCAAUGCCAUCGGUCCGGGACCGGCUUACACGACAUAUGGGAUAUUCCGGGACGGAAAAUAUCGGACGCCGGGAGGAGUGCUGAGCUGGCGGUUCCGGAGAGGCCGUCACGCGGCCAACACUCCUAGUCCGGCCGAAUAUUGUGUUAAGUUAGCAAAAGUGACUGGUGGACAUUUGAUGCGGCCAAUCAAAAGUCGUAAAAAAGAUCCGAAUACUGGACCAGCCCCAAACCAGUAUCUUCUACCGGACACUCUCUCAAAGCGAGCAGCGCGACUACUUGGGCGGUUCAAAGAAUCGGACAAGUGCCCUACGCCAGGGCCGUACGACCUGCCCCCGAUACCCGGCAAUGGUCGGACGAUGGGUCGACGGUACAACAAAAGCGCCAAGUGCCCGACGCCGGGACCGGCCGAUUAUGACGCUACCGUCCGGCUAAAUUGUAUGUGCAAAUGCAAGCUGGGCAUCAAACACCCCUGCGGAACGACGUUCGGUAGACGAACAGCUAAAGUGUCCGUGUUUGCCGUACCGUCCGACAAUAAAUUCGACGACGAAUGCUUAGCUAAAAACCAGCCUAAAUUCUAA